CACCAGGCUCCGCCCACGAAUUCUUGUAGAGGUCACUGACGAGCCCAAAGGGGCGUAAGUAACUGCGCUUGUAAACUCUAGCAGGAAGCUAGCAGUCGCCUCUAAACCCAGAGAAGGGGAAACAGGAAUCGAUUAGGAAUGAAGGAUUAUAAUCAACUUUCCUUCUCAGGAAAAGCUGGGAACCUUCUCAUUUUGACUCAUGAAAACUAAGCUGAGCUGACUUCUGCCGAAUAUCUGUUAAUUAGGCAAAAUGGGCCUCUUGCCGGCCAUUUGACUUUGCAGCACAGCCAGUUCUUUUUUCCCCGCUGCAGCUGAUUGGCUCUGGAGUGUGGUCAGAGCCUCUCUCCCGCAAUUAAAGGAGUCGGGUCUCUAAUUGUUGAUCUGUUGGGGUUUUUUUUCUCCGCUUCUGAGCAAUGGAGCUUACCAUCUUUAUCCUGCGACUUGCCGUUUACAUCCUGGCAUUUCCCAUGUACCUGCUGAACUUUCUGGGCUUGUGGAGCUGGAUGUGCAAAAAAUGGUUCCCCUACUUCUUGAUGAGGUUCUCUGUGAUGUACAACGAACAGAUGGCAAGCAAGAAGCGGGAGCUCUUCAGCAACCUGCAGGAGUUUGCAGGUCCCUCCGGGAAGCUCUCCCUGCUGGAGGUGGGCUGUGGCACCGGGACCAACUUCAAAUUCUACCCACCUGGGUGCAGGGUGACCUGUAUUGACCCCAACCCCAACUUUGAGAAGUUUUUGAUCAAGAGCAUUGCUGAGAACCGUCACCUGCAGUUUGAGCGCUUUGUGAUAGCUGCCGGGGAGAACAUGCACCAGGUGGCUGAUGGCUCUGUGGACGUGGUGGUCUGCACCCUGGUGCUGUGCUCUGUGGAGAGCCAGGAACAGAUCCUCCGCGAGGUGUGCAGAGUGCUGAGACCGGGAGGGGCUUUUUAUUUCAUGGAGCAUGUGGCAGCUGAGCGUUCGACCUGGAAUUCUUUCUGGCAACAGGUCCUGGAUCCUGCCUGGUACCUUCUGUUUGAUGGGUGCAAUCUGACGAGAGAGAGCUGGAAGGCCCUGGAGCGGGCGAACUUCUCUAAGCUGAAGCUGCAGCACAUCCAGGCCCCCCUGUCCUGGGAGUUGGUACGCCCUCAUAUCUAUGGACACGCUGUGAAAUAGUGUGAGCUGGCAGUAAAGAGCUGAAUGGCUCAAAGAA